AGAAGAGGGCCGCUUGGGCUCCUCUCUCACUCACUAUCUCAGAGCCAUGCCCUCCUACUCGGUGACGGUGGCGACGGGCAGCCAGUGGUUUGCAGGCACUGACGACUACAUCUACCUGAGCCUGGUGGGCUCGGCCCAGACCAGCGAGCGGCACCUGCUCGACAAGGCCUUCUACAACGACUUCGAGCGCGGCGCCAUUGAUACCUAUGAUGUGUCAGUAACAGAAGAACUAGGCGACAUCCAGUUGAUAAAAAUUGAGAAACGGAAGUACUGGUUUCCUGAUGACUGGUAUCUUAAGUAUAUCACUGUGAAAACACCAAAUGGUGACUACCUGGAGUUCCCAUGUUAUAGAUGGAUUACAGAUGAAAAAGAAGUGAUGCUCCGGGAUGGACAAGCUAAGCUUUUUGGAGAUGACAAGACUCAUAUUCUUAAGAAUCACAGACGCAAAGAACUGGAAGAACGGCAGAAAUUGUAUCGGUGGGCAGAAUGGCACCCAGGUUUUCCACUGAACAUAGAUGCCAAAUCUCACAAGGAGUUGCCUCGCAACAUCCAAUUUGACAGUGAAAAAGGAGUGGACUUUAUUUUGAAUUACACAAAGGCAAUGGAAAAUCUUUAUGUUAAUCGUUUCAUGCAUAUGUUCCAGUCUUCCUGGAGCGAUUUUGCAGAUUUUGAGAAGAUCUUUGUCAGAAUAAGCAAUACAAUUUCUGAAUACGUGAUGCAUCACUGGCAAGAAGAUUUUAUGUUUGGAUACCAGUUCCUGAAUGGAUGCAACCCUGUAUUGAUAAAAAAGUGUACAGAAUUACCAAAGAAAUUCCCAGUGACUACGGAAAUGGUAGAAUGCAGUUUGGAGAGGAAUCUUACUUUGGAAGAGGAAAUAAAGCAGGGGAACAUUUUCAUAGUGGAUUAUGAACUUCUGGAUGGUGUUGAAGUCAAUAAGACAGAUCCCUGCACAAUACAGUAUUUGGCUGCUCCCAUCUGCUUACUAUAUAGGAAUUUAGAAAAGAAGAUUGUUCCUAUUGCAAUUCAGAUAAGCCAAGAGCCAAAACCAGACAAUCCUAUUUUCCUCCCUUCUGAUGCCAAGUAUGACUGGUUAUUGGCUAAGAUCUGGGUUCGGUCUUCUGAUUUCCACAUACAUCAGACGGUCACUCAUCUCCUCAGGACUCACUUAGUUUCAGAAGUGUUUGCCGUGGCAAUGUUUCGGCAGCUGCCUGCGGUCCAUCCUCUUUUUAAGCUUCUCAUACCUCAUGUGCGGUUUACAAUAGCCAUCAAUACCAAAGCCCGUGAGCAGCUUAUUUGUGAAUAUGGUCUUUUUGAUAAGGCAAAUGCCACUGGAGGAGGCGGUCAUGUUGAAAUGGUUCAGCGAGCAAUAAAUUACCUCACCUACAGCUCCCUCUGCUUUCCCGAAGAAAUCAAGGCACGACAUAUGGAAAGUUAUGAAGACAUUCCAUACUACUACUAUCGAGAUGAUGGUCUCAAAGUGUGGGAUGCAAUAAAGAGCUUUGUGACAGAUGUUAUUAACAUCUAUUAUAAGAGUGAUGAGAUGGUGUGUGAAGAUGUGGAGCUCCAGGCCUUCGUGAAGGACAUUUAUGUCUAUGGGAUGAGAGGCAAUAAGUCUUCAGGAUUUCCUAAGACGAUCAAGACACGUGAGAAGCUGUCAGAAUAUCUUACUGUAGUGAUAUUCACAACAUCAGCACAACAUGCAGCUGUAAAUUUUGGGCAGUAUGACUGGUGUUCCUGGAUCCCCAAUGCUCCUCCAACAAUGCGCUGUCCACCACCUACAGAAAAGGGGAGUGUUACCAUAGAGUAUAUCAUCGAGAGUUUACCAGACCGGGGUCGCUCUUGCUGGCAUCUUGGUGCUGUUUGGGCCUUGAGUCAAUUUCAGGAAAAUGAAGUGUUUCUGGGGAUGUAUCCGGAUGAACACUUUAUAGAGAAGCCAGUGAAAGAUGCCAUGAAGAAAUUCCGGAAGAAUCUUGAUGACAUUACCAGCGACAUCACUGAGCGGAACAGGAACAAAAAACUCCCGUACUACUACCUUUCCCCAGAUCAGAUUCCUAAUAGUGUCGCAGUCUGAUGUUAAGACCUGCAAAGACAGAAAGUGUCAGUGAGCUGGCAUAACAUUCUAUAAAUGACAAAUUAUCUCAAAGUAGAUUAGCUGGAUUUAGAGCAACUUUUAGCUUAAUCUGUACCGAGUCAUAUAACAGCCUUAGUUUCCAUUAGAUACACAUCUGCUAAUGUAACUAGUUCCUACUGCUGUACUGUUAAAUGAAAACCUAACACAGUUCAGUUCUAACACAAAGGCAGGAUCAGCUGUGGCCUUCUAGAUGUUGCUGGACGUCAGCUUCCAUAAUCCCUCCUCAGUUGCUAAAAUUGCUAAGGCUGACGUAGGUUGCAGGCCAACAUUUGGGCUCUUCUUUAUUUCUUUGUACCUUAAAAAUGUGUUUUGUAAUUAACGGUGCUCCAUGCAGUCAUGCCAGCCACAUGACCUUGGAGGUGUCUACGGACAACGCCGGCUCUUCGGCUUAGAAAUGGAGAUGAGCACCAACCCCCAGAGUCAGACAUGACUGGACUUAACGUCAGGGGAAACCUUUAGCUUUUUUAAUUAGGAAGAAUGUUCCCUGAACUGCUUUUUCUCGCAUACUUCUUUUGGAAGGAUAUUUAAAACAGGAGUAAUUAAUAUCAAGAGAAAUGUAAUACUCUCAGAUUGUUUAUGAUUAUGAUUGUUGCAGGGAAUGUGUGCAAACUUUCAGCACACUUUAAAAUUAUCCAGAACAUAUUUAGUAGCCACGGAAUGGACAUACAACAAUGUUUUUGUAAAAGGAGAAGUGGCAGAGUUUGACAAGUUUGCUUCCUCCCCAAGUUCUUCCUCCUCUCUUCCCCCAGAUAUUAAAAAUAGACUAAUAAAAAUAGACUAAUGGGCCACACUUUGGCUUAAAUGUGCAGAAAGGGCUUCAAACAGCAAUGUCCCCUUAGAUUAGGAUUUGUAAACCCUUAGAUACUCUUGAAAUUCAGUGUUAUUUCAGUGAGCAGGUGCAAUUACACUAAGUGAAAAUGUGCCAAACCAAUGUAGCUUUGAACAUUCACUUACUCAGAGGCAAAAGCAAUUCAAACUCUACUUUUUGGUGAGAGAAAGUGGAGGUUUUAAUCAACCCUGACAUAAAUAAUGGCUAAGAGCUAACAGCAGCACUAGAACCAAGUACCUUAAAGUAGUGUCACAAAGUCUGCUGAUGAAUUUGUCAAUUUCACCCCUGAAUUUUCUGUUUGCCUUAAAGGGUCUCUCCCUUUGCAGUGUGGGGACAGACAACCUCCCCCCCCCCCCCCACACACACACACCCAAUCUACCCAGGUUGCCCGCUAACAAUAUGUGUAGAGAGGGACUGGAGGAAAUUGAAAGAGACCUACACAAUUCUUUAUGAUUACACUAUGUAAUACAAUUUUUGUUCCUGGGCUAUAUAUAUCAUUUCCUAACUGGCUCUAUCAUAAAAACAUAGAAAAAGAUUACUUAAACUACAGACUUUGUUUUUGUGGGACAUCCUGCAGCAUAUUUUGCUCUAUUUUUUCAAUAAAUAUCUCAUCAAGUCUCAACCAAUUCAAGAUACCCUGUUUCCCCAAAAAUAAGACAGGGUCAUGAUAUUUGUAGUAUCCUAUUGGGACACUAGGACUGGGAUCCAGCACAAGAUCAACCACACUAUUAUGGUGGUAGACAUUUUUAUUAAGCUUUUAAAGACAAUGUUUUAUUUGUAUAUGAAAUUUAUAGAAUAACGUGUCUUUUUAAGGACACUCUACAUACUUUCCAUAUUUAAUUUUCUAUCUUUGUCUUCAUGUGAAUUUUAUUUCUAAUAUUCCAACCAUGUUUUUACUCAAUAUUAAAUAUAUUCAGGUGAUAACAGUUCAGGAUGCUACAACUGCAGAUUUUUAAAAAUUUCAAUGAAGAGCUUGCAAAGGAAAUAGAAAGGUUAUUUCUUAACAAGACUUAUUGCAAAUUUAGGAAAAGGCUGAGUUAAUGCACUCUGAAAAGGUUCAAAUAAUCUGCUAGAAAUCCACCAGUUUUUAGUUGUGCCUGUCACAUUUUUUCUCUGGCUACUGCUGGCAAACCAGUAUUAGACAUCAACAGGACUUUUGCCAGGAUGAAUAGUGUGUGCAUUUGAAAAGGGGGGAAAACAGACUUGGAGUGCAAUAGGAAAGCAGAAUAUAUGUACAUGAAGAAUUGGAUACAGUGAUCUGUUAUUCUAACUAUACUGCAUAGACAAAAGAAGCAUAAAAAAAUGAUAGUAUUUAAUAAAUGUACUGCUAACAUAAAAA